CAACCCACUGAGGUCUGAACCACCGUCCUGUAGCAGAAAGGUGAACUCACCCCGGGCUGCAGAGUGUGAGGAACAUCGUCCCACGUGAGGUCGACGGUAAGGGCAACCAUGGGGUCCCGGUGUCCCCGCUCUCCCAACACCAUCCGCACAUUUCAGCCCCGGACACCUCUGAUAGGAGUGGAGGAGGCGUCGUGACUUGUGCAGUUUUUUUUCAUGCGUAAUUGUCCUCAUCACUGGAUGUAACGGCCGCGGGGACGCCGGCUCUAUACAGUCACGGAUUCUUGGAUCCUUCAUCCAACAUUUACGCGUUUUAUGAUCAGAAGGAAAUUGCUGACAUAUUUUCCGGAACGUCCUUUUCCUUGGAAGACAUUGACGGCUGUUGUGCUCUGUCACUGUAUUGUUUUUAUUUCACGUUUGGAGAAAGAAAAAGUCAAAGAGUGGGCUUUGACUUUUGACUGCGCAACACAGAAAGAUAUGAGCUGUACAUGCAUACGCGCGUAACUGCCGCGCCGCCCGACAAUGAAUAACGCGUUGUGCGUGUUUUGUCAGUGAAAGCUGCGUGGGUAAGUUUUCAGAGGCACUGCUCCUGUCAGACAGAGACUUUGACAUCUGAGGGAAACAAUUGGGAUUGUUUAAAAAAAAAAAAAAACUGUUACUUUCAAGCAAGACAAGUCUGGAGAGUGCUGUUUUUCAUUCUGGAUUGUUUGCGCCUUGGUGACCGUGCACAUCCAAACCUUCCUGAGGUAUUCACAUGGUAGAAACGAUGUUUUUAUGCAACACGAGUGCUAUAAAGGACUGGAGCUAUUUUCUGUCUCAGAUUUUGCCUCUGAUGAAUAAAACUACAGGUUUGGUAAACAUCGACAAAGCGGAGGAUGUGACGACCACGAUGGUGACAGCUCUGCAGCCGGACAGCGCCAUGAGCGCGAGUAACCCGCCGCUCAACUCCAACCACACCUCGGGCAUGGAGCACGUCUUUCAGUACUCUUAUUCCGAGAGUGACCUGCUGUACACGGACUACCGCACACCUGCACGAGACUCCAUCCCGCUGCCCAAAGCGGUUCUCUACCUGGUCAUGGCUGCGCUGGUGGUGGUGGCGGUGGCGUAUGCCAUAGUUGGACACCUGGUCAAAGACGUGGUUAAUGAGUUUGUCGGUGGAGGCAGGUCGAUGGUUGCUGAAGGUGACGGUGGUGAAAGCAGUGAACCAGACUGGGUGUUUGGCUCUCGUCGAGUUAGCAGCCGCAACAAGACGGAGAUCAACUGCAUCAGCAACAACAUGAACGAGAUGAGUGAGUUGGGCGAGAGGCCCCAGCUGGUGGAGAUGGGCUACGUAUCCCUCAACCACUCUAACUGCCUGAGCUCCAUCAGAUCGGAGGAGACAGUGGUCACCAUAGACGAGACGUUACAGCAGCGACCCCCAGACACUCACUCUGGGACCUAACCUGGGACCUUCUCACCUUAACCGGAGAGUUCUACAGCAGCGUGUUGCUUUUCUUGUGCAAGUGGAUUCACAAGUCGGUCCUGAAUUGACGCUCUAUCCACUCUUUUCUCACCUGUAGGUGGGCUGUAAAACCUGCAACUUUGGAGCCAGAAGGGACUUUGAAUUGUAGGCUAUUGCUGGAACGUUACAGGCAUUGGAUGCUGAUGUCUGCAUCUGAUUAGACUUCUUUCUGCGGAGAUGACAAGAGAGGACGGCUGCAGCUGUUUUGUUUUUUGUAAAUUUUGUUCUUAUCGUGCUGUCCCUUUUAUCAAGUGACCCCUUGUGAAAAUACCACCCUGGUAUCGCGACAUGCACUUCACUUUAACCACAAACAGUAUGUAAUCCCUCUAAAUAUAGGAUGCACGCUAGUCAGUGCUUAUUGUAAUGUCGCUGCUAUCGCACAGUUAAAAACUUUCCUUUCAUAAAAGCAAUCACAUCAACUACUUUUUUUAUUUCCCUGGUUGCUGUGAGACACUUAAAGAUGUUUUUUGUAAUUAUUGUAAAGUUUGUAUCAAGCACUUUCAAUGACACCGGAAGGCUACAAAUGCUCUUUUUCGUGUGACAACGCUGUAAUUACUGGGGACACAAAACUUACAACACGUUGAUAAAUGAAAAGUAUUUCCUAGUUUGAUGUUAUUAGCUCGACGUGAACAAGCGCUGAAUCACCUUUAAGAGCUAUGGUUGCAAAAAAUGACACAUAGAAGUAAGCCAUUGUUGUUUGGCCCAUAUAUAAGAAACUCCUUUCAGUGAUCAAAAUUUAUGAUUUCUGUCAAAAAAUGGCCUCACCUAUGAAGCAAACGGUGUUGAUUGUUUGUUGAUCCUUGUAAUAUUUCAUGUGAAAUGGCUUAAUGUCAAAGCCUUUGUUUACCUUUCUUCCAGCACGGUUAAGGGCUAUGGACCACUGCUGUUGAGUCUCAGCGCUGUGAUUGGCUGAAGAGUUUCUGAUCUGCAGCUGAGAUACGCUGAGGGGUGGAGAUGAUGAUUACAUUCUUUAUCUCAAACCUGAAUGAAAUAUCUGGGAUCUGUCAACUUCACAUUGACAUACAUUUGCUGAAUAAUCUUGUUAGUUCCACAAUAAAUAGACAUUUUGGUAACACUUUAUC